AUGGCGCCCAAGAAGCCCUCUGCCACGGCUGAAGUGGCCCUCGUCCCUCUCAAGAACUGCCUGGUCAAUCUGCCAUCGUCGCUGGUCGCCUUGCUGGUCAAUGCCAACACCGCUGCUCAGAAUGUCAUCAUUGAGCUGCAAUACCGGUCGAUCUCUCCGAAAUCCAAUGGCGCUUCUCCGCAGCAGCAAUCGUGCUUCUUGGGUUGGACGGGAAUGCCGAGCCGGCGAAAGCUCGCGCCUGUCGUGGGCAGAGAGGGCAUUAGCGGUGGCUUCUCCAGAGAGCAAGAGAUUUCGACCGUCGAGCUAGAUACGACCUUUGGAAGGCUUCUCGGUCUUGCGGAAGGACAGAAGGUCGGGCUGUUCAUACACCUGGAUCCGCCAGUCGCGCAUACCAUUAACAUCGAGCCACUGACCCCAGAAGACUGGGAGAUCAUCGAGCUUCAUGCCACAUUCCUGGAGCUCAAUCUCCUCUCGCAGAUCCGUGCUCUACCAAACCCUACCUACAGCGCAGCACAAUCGGACCAUAUGCACCCGCUCGCAUUGCACCUCUCUCCAACCUCAACCGCGAAUAUCGUUGUCACGUCUCUUACGCCAGCUCCGUCAGACGAUUCGCCGUUUGCCAAAAUUGCGCCGGAUGCCGAGGUGAUUGUGGCUCCAAAAACCAGAGCGAAGCCCGGUAAAGGGUCCCGAACAGACAGCCGAAGUGCAAAUGGCAGCAGCCGCAAAAGUGGUGGUGGGAGGAGCGCCGGGAGCACUGUCCGCCCGAAAAGUCGCUCCGACUCUACUACCCGAGGCUCACUUUACCUGAGAGGUGUGGACCGAUCGGCGGCGAGCCAAUGGUUUGAUGAGGAAAUGGAGGAGGAUGCAAACGACGGCCUCCGUGUCUGGGUUGAUCGGGACCUCCUUGCAACGAAUGAGCUUCGAGGAGCAACAUGGGCAUGCGUGUCGGUAGUUCAGCCAUCUGGUCUCAAACCUCCACCAGAUCCUCAAAAGCACCUUGCCCAAGCGGAACAAAAGUCAAGCGAAGCCGGUUCUCCGACAACGAAGCUUGUGGCGAAGCUGAUUCCCUGGGAGGAGGCACCGGACUGUCGGCAUGCGGCGAUGUCCUCCUUGUUGUGCACGGCCCUCGGGGCGGAAAACAUUGUGGGAGGAAUUUUGCGUGUCGAGGCCGCGCCACCACAGCUGCACCGUUCAGCGGUGAAGACCCUGAAGGUGUAUCCGUUUAUGGUGGAUGCGUCGAAGAAGAAAGAUGGACUGAAGUUUGGCGCUGACACUGCAGCGUCUCGGGAUGCCUUGGGAGAGCGCCUCAAAGUAAUCUACGGCAGUACUGGAUCCGAUAUUGGAUUGUUCUCGGGGCCCCUGACCGAUGGCAUGAUCUUGCCCAAGGCCGAGAACCAUCCGUCAGUCUCUUCGUUUGAUGGCGCCAUCAUCCGAUUCGAUCCGCCCUUGAAGGGUACUGAAGAUUCAAAGCCGAUGUUUGGGUGGCUUCUAGGCUCCGAGGCAAAGUUGAGCGUUGAAGUGCAAGCCGAAAUACCCAAACCAACCGAUACAAGUGCAUCACAACUUCCCACUGAUGACCCCAUCCCCGAUACAAUGCCCCAUCUGGUGGGGAUCGAUCCUAUUAUCUCUCAAUCUUUAGGCAACUUGACCAAAUCUUCUUCAAUUCUUUUGACUGGCGGUCUCGGGGCCGGAAAGACGGCUCUUAGCUACCUCUUGGCCCAUCGCCUGCGGAGGGAACAUCUGUUCAACGUCAAGUACUUUUCUUGUCGCAAGCUUGUCACUGAUGAGACGCGGAUCUCCAACAUCAAAGAGGUGUUGAAUCGCCUCUUCAUGUCUGCGUCAUGGUGUGCUCGUCUUGGUGGUCAGGCGGUGGUGAUUCUGGACGACCUUGAUAAACUCUGCCCUGUUGAAACCGAGUUACAAGUCGGCGGAGACAAUGGUCGUAGUCGCCAAAACAGUGAGGUCAUAUGCUCCAUGGUUCGGGAGUUUUGUUCAAUGAACUCCUCCGUUGUUCUAUUGGCCACUGCGCAAGCCAAGGAAUCAUUGAACAAUGUCAUUAUCGGUGGCCAUGUCGUUCGUGAGAUCAUCAACAUGAGAGCCCCGGAUAAGGAUGGGCGACGAAAGGUCUUGGAGAAACUGACCAGCCAAGACAAAGCGGCGGAUACACUCAACGGCCAUUUUCGAACCACAAGCUCUUCCACGCAUUCCACACAUGACUCGUGGCUCGAUCCUUCGAAUCCAGGAAGUCGUCCCAGCUCAUCUGGCGGGGAUGGCUUUGUUCUCGGCAGAGAUGUUGACUUUUUGGAUUUGGCGGGCAAGACUGACGGUUACAUGCCUGGCGAUCUCGUGUUACUUGUUGCUCGUGCGCGCAAUGAGGCGCUUAUUCGCUCCGUUCAGGACUUGUCUGCCGAAUCCAAGAUGAUCACGCUCGCCUCUGAGGAUUUUGAUAGCGCUCUAAAGGGCUUCACUCCGGCUUCUCUUCGAAACGUGACCCUCACCUCGUCUACUACCACAUUUUCCGCCAUUGGAGGUUUGUUCGAGACCCGUCAAACUUUGCUCGAAACCCUACAAUAUCCUACAAAAUAUGCACCGAUCUUUUCACAGUGUCCGCUGCGGUUGCGCUCCGGUCUCCUGCUGUACGGUUUCCCGGGUUGCGGCAAGACGAUGCUGGCGAGUGCCGUGGCAGGUGAAUGCGGAUUGAACUUCAUCAGUGUAAAGGGUCCCGAAAUCCUGAACAAGUACAUUGGUGCAAGCGAGAAGAGUGUUCGCGACCUGUUUGAGAGAGCCCAGGCCGCCCGUCCUUGUGUCCUCUUCUUCGACGAGUUCGACAGUAUUGCACCGAAACGUGGCCAUGAUUCCACUGGAGUCACUGACCGCGUGGUCAACCAGCUCCUGACACAGAUGGACGGUGCCGAAGGUCUGUCAGGCGUUUACGUCUUAGCAGCAACAUCUCGCCCUGACCUGAUAGAUCCGGCGCUGCUGCGUCCUGGCCGACUAGACAAGUCUCUGCUCUGUAACAUGCCGUCCCACGCAGACCGGGUCGAUAUUAUUCGAGCAGUAAGUGAGAAAUUGAAGAUGAGCGACGAGGUCCGCUCUCGUUUCAGCGACAUUGCCGCCGAGACAGAAGGCUUUUCUGGUGCGGAUCUGCAAGCUGUUGUGUAUAACGCGCACUUGGAAGCAGUUCACGACGCGCUGGGUGACCGAUCCACCGGAACUGAUAAGCCCGCCGCAAAAUCAGGUGCUACCAAAAGCUCAUCCGCAACUGUCAACAGCAAAUCAUUUAUCCAAUUCCUCUACUCCUCAACCGAAGAAGCAUCUGGUUCCGCGUCCAUGCCACCUCCUGCCGUGAUUGCGGCCAAACUGGAAGCAAUCAAGAACUCUCGCCGCCGCCAGCGCCAACUGGAACAAGGAAGUAGCGGUGCCGCUGCAGCUCCAAUGGCCAAUGGUACAGCGGAGGCCUCUGCAAAUGAAUUGCAUGACGAGAUCAUCGUUCGCUGGGAGCAUAUCGAACGCUCGCUGGCUACCACACGCUCUUCUCUUAGCGCUGCUGAACGCCGACGCUUUGAUGCUAUCUAUCGAGAGUUUGUUGUUGGCCGCAAUGGCGAGAUGCCCAAUGGUGAACCCGGAAAUGAGAUUGGUGGUCGGACUAGUCUGAUGUGA